CUGCGACAUAAUCAGUUGAGUGUUGACCUGCGAGCGGUAACGACGACGAUGUCUUGUCUAAUUUGGGUUCUAAUUGGGGUGUUUGCUGGUAAUUCACUGCAAUCUCCGGCUCCGAUAUGGGAAGUGACAACGAACUGUCAGAUCCCGAACGAGUCCCAGCAGGGCGUGUGUCGUGCCCCCGGGGAAUGCCCGGCUUAUCAGCGCAUUAACGAUGUCGCCAGUCUGGGUUCCGUCGAUAGGCUGAGUUUCCUACGGCUGCUGCAGUGCAUCGGGAUAGCCGAAGGCCAGGUUUGUUGUCCGCGGAGCGGUGAUAGCUACAGACAACCAUCGAUCAAAGGGAACCUCCCAAGAAGGGUACAUAACGACACAGUGGUGCCGAAAACAAGAAUCGGAGCGGAACCAUGCGGACAACAGGGUUACAAAAUGCAGCUACUCGGAGGAGAGGUAACCGACAUUGACGAAUUUCCGUGGAUGGCAAUGCUGAUCUACGAUGCGGGUGCUGAUCCAGGAUAUCCAGUUGCUGCAGGCUGUGGAGGUGCUCUGGUUAGCAAUUCAUUCGUGGUUACUGCAGCUCACUGUCUGGCCGGUGCGGUUGUGCAAAAGAAAGGCAAUUUGAAGUUCGUUCGAUUAGGCGAAUACAAUCUGCUAAGUGACCCAGACUGUCUGAAGGAUGGUGAGUUCCAGGAUUGUACCGAUGAGAAGGUGGACAUCAAACCGAAACGAAUCAUCGUUCACCCUGACUACAGGCCCGAAUCCACAAGCCAGCAUCACGACAUUGGGCUGGUGCAGCUCGCCCAACCGGUCAUGUUCUCGAGCUUCAUCCAACACAUUUGUCUACCGGAGCCGGCGCACGCUGGUAUUUUCACGCCGGGAACAAAAAUGAACGUUUGUGGGUGGGGUCGAACGAAUCUCUUCAAAAGUCAGCUCGGUGAUAGUGCGCUAAGUCCGGUGAAGCUGAAGGCCGUUUUGCCGUAUUUUGACCACAACGAAUGUCGGCAGAUUUAUCGACCACAAAGUUUGGAACUCGGUGACGGACAGAUGUGUUUCGGUGGGGAGAAAGCGAGGGAUACAUGUGCUGGGGACAGCGGAUCGCCGCUGAUGUUCUUCGACAGGAAAAGGGGUGCGUGGAUCCUAACGGGAUUGGUUAGCCUCGGAGUGAAGGAGUGUGGAACGGAAGGAAAACCGGGAGUCUACACCAAUGUUAAGGAGUACACCGCGUGGAUUGCGAAAAAUAUGAAAUCAUAGAACUUGCAACUAUCGGUAUGGUUAAUGGUCCACAGGGAUCCUUGAAAGUUCGAGUCGAAAAAGUGAUUUAGCGAAGAAGAACGAUUACACGAAAUUGAAUGAAAAACAAUGGUUUGAUUUCUGGUGAUUUCCAUCUAUCAAA